AUGGCAGCUGAAAAAGGCUACUACAACCUGACGAUGUCAAACCACUUUUUUGUGAGCCGGGUAUUGCUCUACGCGCUUGACUUCAAAUUUGACGAGGAAAACGAAGAAUAUACCACACUAUUGAAUAGAGCGCUCAAGCGGAUAGCAUUAUUUUUAAGCCAAGCCAUUGGCACAAUUAUUUUCUGCGCAGCGUUUGGACUGGCGAUUCUCACUUCUCUUAAAAUAUUUACCGCACCUGCAAGUAGCUUGCCGAUUUUUAUUUUGGAGCUGAUGGUUCCAAUGCGCCUUUUUGUCACGAUCGUUAAAGCUCACUCAACUUGCUACAUAUAUAAAUACAUGAUAGAGGUAUUUUCAAACACAGCUAAAAAUGUGGAAUACCCUCUGAUUUUGCACGACGAGAUCGAACACUACAAACAACAGUUUGAGAGAAAACCAUGGAUAAUGAUCAUCAUCACGGCAGUUUCAUUUUUACAAAAUGUACCAGCAAUGAUCAUUGCAAAAAUAAACCAAGAUUCUCUUACAAAGAAGGAGAUUUUAAUCAAUAUUUGGCUACCACCAGGACUUGCACUUGAUGACGAAAUGAUAGGUGUGGUCAACACUGUCCAAGUUCUUACUGUGUGGCUUAUCGGCUACAUUGUGUUUGGAUUUGCAAAUUUUUUCAUCUCUCUCAUCAGCUUGAACGAGAAAAUGCUUCAACACUUAAACCGGGUUCUCUUACUGGCGCAAUCAAGAAGCAAUGCUGACGAAUCUGAGAGUAUGUUGACUGAAGAAGAAAUGAGUGACGUUUUCAAAUACGCUAUUCAGCACCAUCAAAAAUGCAUCCAGUUUGUGGACCAGAUUAACGCAAAAUGCUCUACAAUUAUUCUCUUAGACGUGUGGAGCUUUUUGUACGCACUCUGCGCAGUUGCAUAUCAAGUCGCCAAGGAUCCAGGAAUAUACCCUAAUGGGAUCAAAACUUUGAUUCAAAAUAUUAUAACAACUGCAAUGUAUAUUGGAUUUUCUUGCUGGCAUGCAACAACAGUCACCUCUCAGGGCUUGCUUGUCAGCGCAAACUGUAUGGCUAUUAACUGGUGGAAUUACGGGCCAGGUCUUGUGCAGGAUAUCAGCAUUAUGUCCAGUAUGGCGCAAGUGAAGCUUUGUUUUAUGGUCGGACCGUUCUACUCCCUCAACAUGACAACAUUUCUCACAAUACUGGAGAUUGGCCUUACAUAUGUUAUUUUGCUGUACCAAAUUAAAUAAUUUGUUUUAAAUAGAUUUAAUAAUAUUAUAUAAUAUGUGAAAUGAUUGU